UGCUGUUAUUGGCUGCUAGCUUGGUGUCAGUGGGAAUGUGUUAGACGAAUGAUUUUGUUUUAUGGAGCUUUGACGAGCGAUGAAUGGCACUAAAGUGGUGCCAAAUGGAUAUCUCAAACACCCAUUGUUGAUGUGUGAUGCUGAUAAUACAGAGACAGCUAGAGUGACAGAGUUUGAUGAAUAAACUUAAAUUAAAAAACAGAAAUAACCACCAUCUCUCUCUGACAGAGGUCAUCUUUCUCAUUAUUGUGGGGAAACCUCAAAGGGCAUCAGGAAAACCUUCAUCAACCUCUUUGUGCCCAGUGGCUUGUGCAACAGUGUUUCAGAAAUUAUCAUUAAAAUGGGGAUAAUGGAUGACUGGCCACACAUAUGGGGCUAUGGACAAGCUUCAGAGCAGGCUGCCAGGUGGUGGUGUUAGUAGUUUAUACUCCGGGUCCCGGCGUGAGCACACAUAGUGACAAGGGUUAAUGAAGAAAUACGAUGGUUAGACGUCAUGCUAACCAUUGUAUAGUAUAACAGCGAUGAGGAAUAUGGAUAAGUCGACAGUUGACAGUGCUUGAAAGACCUGAGGACAUAGUACAAUGAAGUAUCUCAAAGCAGCAUCUAACGCAAGUGGUCAAUGGAUUUCUAUUUUACAAACUGGUCUACCAAAGUCGGGCUUGGCAUUGCGUAUGAAGAAGCUCCCUGGCAGAAUAUCGGAAGUCGCUGGAUCUUUCCUGAGACACCUUGUGUUUCUGGAAUCUUCAACUUCGCAAAUGGUAAAGAAUUCACUUGUGAAGAUGGAAGCGGAAGUACUUGCAUUAUACUUGAAAUGGAUGCCACCUUCAAUUUGACAAUGUCUGGAAACAAAACACAGACGUCUAUGUUUUCCUUGGAAUCAGCCACUGUGGAUAAAGGUGCAUGUAAUUGCCAAGUGAUUGUACGGACGACAGCAUCAAUAUCGCUAAAGAUGUUCCCGAGUGGCGAUAUGCUCAAAGUCAGUUUUCCAAAAUCUCCGUUUCAACCCUUCCAGACACAGAAAGUAUCCAUGACACCGUUGUUUUCCUUUUAUCCGCAUAAGCACUUUAAUACCAGUGGUGGCCCUACUAUAAUAGAACUAACGACUGGAGAUAUUCCCAUUGGUGUAAGGGACAGGUCAUACACUUGCAUGUCGAGCCGAAAUGUUUCAUAUGAAAGGAAACAACCUUACCACAUGACAAUGACAAUAACGAACCUUCAUGUGCAGGCUUAUGACAUACAGGAGGGAACACUAAGUCCAGCGACGACUUGUUCUGCCGAUAUUUCAACAGUUCGGCCCGUAACAAAUGGAACAACAACGAAGCCAACUAGCUUAUCGACACACAAAUCAACGCAUUCGACUACGCAUUCGACUACGCAUUCGUCCACGCAUUUGUCUUCGCAAUCGACUACUCAUCCGACUAAUUAUUCGACCACGCAUCCUUCCACGCAUUCUGCUUCAACAACGCACAAUAACACAACACCUACGAUGACAUCACAUUCCACUUCAUGGACACCUAAUAUGACAUCACACACACCAACAGCUACGACGUCGCAUAAGACAACUAUGUCGUCACAUUCUACAUCAACGAUGACAUCACAUUCUACAUCAACGAUGACGUCACAUUCAACACAAACCAAGACAACUUGGAAUCCUACUCCCAUGACGACGCCGUUUCCUACGACCCAUAAGUAUGACCUUUGUAACGAAGUGUACUGCUGCGUUAUACUACAGGGCAAUUUUAGUUUCACCAUUCCAUAUGAAAUGGAAAACAACAAGACAAACACACUGACGAUAGGAGUACCUGAUAAAGCCAUGGUAACGGGUACUUGCAACCUUGACGACACCAACACCACCCAGGAGAUCGAUGUUGAUUUCUUUGACGGCUGGAAACUCUCUGUUGUCAUUAAGGAGAGCACGGCAAACGGCAAGGAAUUGCAAGCUCGUGUAGAUGAAAGAGCAGCGCAGGUUUACUCAUGGGAGCGAGUAUCACUUGAAUACGUUCUUGACGAUCAUUUCGUGACGCCAAAAGGGAAAGGUGAAAACAUGACUGUGAAGAAUGAACUCACUUUUGACAUGUUUAAGACGGACACGCUCGGUUCGUUUGCUUGCGAAAGUGAGGAGACACUUAAGCUUGGAGAAGUUGACUUUUUAAUAUCCAAACUUCAGUAUAGAGGUUUCGGCCAUACCAAUUCCACCAACUUCCCAAAAGAUGACGUCAAACGAUGUCCUCAAGAUCUUCCAAAGACAACUGCAAAACCGGGAACCACAACUAAGAAGCCGGGCCACAACAAAGCGGGCACGAUUGUUGGUGCCGUCAUUGGUACAUUGUUGGCUCUAGUACUUGUUAUUGGUGGAGUAAUGUACUACCGGAAGAAGAAACAACAGAGGGAAUCACAUUACAGUGAUCUUUAGGCUCCUUUUUAGGCAUGUUUUUACUGAAAUAAAUGCAUGCAUAUUCAUUACGUUUCUGAACUGUAUUUUGUAUCUUAUUUCAUAAUAAGAUAUGCUUGUGUAAUAUUGAACUUUUUGAGUUGAAGAUGUGACUAUUUAUUAUAUAUACUGAAUAUAAUGAUGCGGAACUUCAAAGGAAAUGUGAUACAGAUCUAUGUAUAUAUGUGUUGGAAAUGUUAUAUCUACGUGUUGCUAUCUUUGGUGAAACAAGUUGAACUUAGAUGGACGUUGCCAUCUUUCGAUCUGUUGCAAGUUUAAAACUAGGUUUUUGUUUUAUUUUAUUAACCCCGGUGAUCAUCGGGACCUAAUCUUGAACUUAGGGUUAUAAUUUGAACACUCUUAGGUGAGGAAAAUGAGAGAAUGCUUAAAACAAAAUAUCCAAGCUUGUUAAUUAUUUUUAACACCUACAAAGUGUAUUGUUGUCAAGCUGUAGGUUUGAAAAUAAGAAAGUUGAUAAAAAGGUCAUCUGGUAGUAUCAGUUUUAAUAUUUGUUUGCAGAAAUGCAUCAUUGUCCAAAUUCAUUCCAGUAGCAGAACAAAUACGCGAAAAGGACACAAUCAAGAUAACCAAAGCACAACAUUAACAAAUGUUUUCAAAAAAGGUACACGUACUCCAACGUUCUAUGUUGUACUCAAAAUUAAGAAAGUAGGCCGAGAAUAACAACGAUAAAUUGGUCAAAAUGUUAUUGCAGUAGCUUCAAAAGUUAAAUAUGUAAGUGAAAAAUUUAAAAACUGUAUAUUUUGUCCAAACUGUAAAAGAAUAAGAAGGUCAAAAGGUCACUUUAAAGGACAUCCGAUGUCAACAGUGAUAAUUGUUUUAUAAACAUGGCCUUACUUUCGUUUCAGUACCUUGGAAUAGGAAAGAGUGUCAAAAGGUUAAAAUAAAGGUUAUCUAAGCACAAUAUUGGUACUUGUUUUCAAAGUUCUUCACAUGGUCUAAAUUUCAUUGCAGUGAAAAUCUUCAAAAUUAAAUUGUAUUUCAAAAAGUCGCAUUCUAUGUCAUCAAAGUGCAGCAUUGCUUUUAGUUUUGAAAACUGUAAAAUUGUUUUACUUUCCUUUAAGUAGCUUAAAAGAUACGAAAGUAUGUCAAGGGCACAAUCGUUUUCCAGUCAAAAUAUUGAUUUUUGUUUUCGAAUAAAUGGUCUUUAUUUCAUUGCUGAAGCUUCAAAACUAAACGGUUGUUUGGAGGUCACAGGCUAGAUUAUCAACACAAGAUUUAUUAUUGUUUUUAAAACUGUGUAAAUUUAUAUAGCUCUUAAAUAUUAAAUAGGUUAAAUAGAUCCAAGUCUGGGUCAUCCGAGGACGAUAUAUAUAGUUGUUUUCAAAAUUGUACAGAUUGUCCAAAUUUUAUUGAUUUAGCUUUAAAAAAAUAAAGUACGCAAAAGGUAA